UUGCGACAACCAACAUCACUCGACGACCUGUCUUCCGCAUACUUCCCUUCCCCAUAUCCAUACACUUUCUCCCAAUUUCCGCCGAUUAGCUUCCAAACAAAUCUCUCAGCAUUGAUCACACUAUCACUGAGAGCCGCGGCAAUGUCAACGCUGAAUAGUCAGAGGCGUUCGAACCAACCAACCUGGAUUGGGGACAACCGAGUUGGCGAAAUGAUUGCAAGCUGUCAGCUCAAUGCGGCCGAACCUACCGGACAUACACGAGACCGAACAGACAUUCUCUUCAGACACUGCAGACGCGACGGGGCGCGGGUCACUGUCACAACGGCGUCGCGCCAUAGGCAAGGAGAGAUAUCACUAACCCCCGUUGGCGUCCUCCGCACUCGUUGGAUGGUUAGAACAGGCCCGUUCCUCAAGCCAGACUUCGGCCGGGAAGAGACCGCAUCAAUCAUAUCUUCACAAACCGUUAGAUGU